AUGGAUACUCCUGCUGCAAUUAUCAGAAUCUACCGGAACCUCGCGUACCCAAACGUGGAGUGGCCGAAGUUAGAUUUGCUAACCCUUCUCUUCGCAGACUCAGAACAUAGCCUGGCAACAGAUGACACCGUUCUCCAUGCAUCGGCGGAAGACACCUCAUGUCGCCUUACUAAGCAGGGAUUGAAACGGUUGAGCCAGCAGAUCGCACACUGCUUGAGAGCCAGCUAUGGCAUUGGUGCCCAAGGACCGAACAAACAUGUUGUUACCGUUAUGAGCCAUGGCCAAUCCAUGGCUCCAGCAGUGUUCUUCGGCAUCAUUGCAGCUGGUGGUGUCUACUCUGCUGCAAGCGCUUCUUUGACAGUUGAUGAGCUCGUCCAUCAAGUGAGGCUUGCUCAAUCGCAAGUGAUUAUUUGCAGCUCCGAGGUAAAGGACGUGGCUUGGAAAGCAGCAAUGACGUGCCAUAUCCGACCAGAAAACGUCCUGGUCCUCGAAUCGAUACCAUCAUGGAGUCUGAGAAGACUUUUCGAUAACGUCGACAUACUGUCACGACGGCAACUUGACUGGGAGAGACUGACAGACCAACACCAGCUCGAGGAGAGUAUCAUCGUCAUCAUCUGGUCAUCGGGAACGACAGGUGUACCAAAAGGCGUGAUGUUAUCGCAUGCAAACCUGGUCUCGCAGGUGUUCAUCACGCACUUCCAAGGUCGCGAGGCUGCACACAAGCAACUGGAGCAGGGGACUUAUGAGCAUGUUGACUUUCGUACACUGGCUCACCUCCCAGCCAGUCACAUAUCCGGACUUUUCGGAUACUUUAUCUCGGCAUUCUAUGGAGGCGGAACUGUCGUCUGGAUGAGAAAAUAUCAAUGGGAUCAAUUCCUGCGAUACGCUAAGCAAUAUCGAAUCACCUAUCUCUUCACUGUUCCGAGCAUAUACCUCAGGAUAGCCAAGAGUCCUGAUGUGACGGAUCAAUUUGCUUGGCUCAAGGAUGCCAGCACCGGAAGCGCACCAAUGGGUGCGAUUUUACAGACCACUGCCAGUGCUCGGCUCGGGAUCGCUGAAGGUGCCCUGAUUGCGCCAUCGUGGGGGUUAAGUGAAACGACUGGCGCCCUCACGAUGGGCCAGAGUCAUCAGGACGAUGGAAUGGGGAGUCUUGGUCCUAUUCUCCCGUGUCUUAAAGUUCGAUUGGUCGAUGAUGACUAUAAUGACGUGAACGACGGAGAACCAGGAGAAUUGCUCGUUCGCGGACCCACGGUCAUGAGAGGCUACUUGAACAACGCAUCGGCAACCAAGGACGCAUUUCACGAUGGCUGGUUUCGCACUGGUGACAUUGCUGUUCGACGCACUGGCAAGUUCUAUAUGGUUGACCGUAAGAAAGAACUGCUCAAGUAUAAGGGCUUGCAGAUUGCGCCGGCGGAGCUUGAGCACUUGCUUGUCACGCACCCUGCAAUCCUGGAGGCGGCGGUCAUUGGCGUGCCUGCGCCAGAUGACCCAAGUUCGGAGUUGCCCAGGGCUUAUGUGACGGUGGUCGGUACGGCUAGAGUGUCUGUUGAGGAGGUGAAAGGGUUUGUCAAAGCAGGGGUGGCGCCGUAUAAGCAGCUUAGAGGGGGUUUGGUGUUUAUUGAUGAGAUUCCGAAGAAUGCUUCGGGGAAGAUAUUGCGGAGAGAGUUGAGGGAGAGGGCGAAGAAGGAGGUGGGAAGGGAGAGAGCGAAGUUGUAA